AUGCGCUACACAGGGAAGUUGAGGUAAGGCAGGCAUGGGGGACCUUUGAUGCCCCCCACAUAUAUUUUUGCCAUCAAAACAUCCAUAAUCCUGACCAUUUAUUUCACAAAGUUUAUAUACAUACUGCAUGAUUGUAAAAAGAAGCCCUCAAAGCAGUUAUGGCUGGGUGAACUGGUCCCAAUUGGCCUUGCUGGCUGAGGCUGAUGGGAGCAAGAAGUCCAGCAACAUAAUGGAGAACAACAGGUUCCCCCUCCCUGCGCGCCGUAAUGGUUAGAGCAGAGCAUUCCAAACUUUUCAUGUCGGUGACACAUUUUUAGACCCGCACCAUUUCGCGAUGCAGCAAUUUAGUUUUACUAGCAAACCAGAGCUUAAACUAACCCCUUUCCGGUGGGGAGUGCUUGCAUGACACACCUACACACUGCAGCUGGCACACUAACGUGUUGCGACACACAGUUUGGAAAGCUCUGGGUUAGAAUGUUGGAUUGGAUGUGGGAGAGCAGGGUUCGAAUCCCCACUCAGCCACUGCUCAGUUUACUGGGGUGACCUUGGGCCAACCACCGUCUCUUCGCCUAACCUACUUCACAGGGUUGUUGUGAGGAUGAGAUGGGGAGGAGGAGAACCAUAUACGCUGCCUUGAGCUCAUUGGAAGAAAAAGGUGGGGUAGAAAUGAAAUAAAAAAUAAAGAAAGGAUUCCUGGCAGGCACCUUAAAUGCAACAGAUGCCUGAUUCUUAAAUGGGGUUUCUCCCAGAACCAGAGCCUUAGACCCAAGUCCUGCGCCCACAUGACUGGACGCUGCUCUGUAGAUGAACAUUCCUUGCCCACAGAAAGCUAGCCUGCUGAUGAGCCUUCAUCCUGAUAUGCUAGCUUUCUGUCUGAGAGGAUUUUCAAAAAAAGAGUGGUAUGGUGCAGCAGCAGAGCAUUCAGCCAUACACAGGGCACCCCCAGCUUGUAGCCUAACUGUCCAGAGGCAAGCUUGCCACCCUGUGGAGAAUGAGCCCCAAGCCCCUAUCCCCUUGACCCCCUCCCCUUCCUCUCCACACAGCCCCGAGCUCCUGCGAUGGCCUGUCUCUGUGGCUCGCUCGUUAUACUACGUCUCGUGCUGCGCUGACGUCAGUACAAAGCCAGGCCUGUAUCCUGGGAGAAAUCAGUCCAUGGUGACUGGUUGCCAUGGAAAUGCACCUCGUUGCAAGCUACAAGUCCAGAACCGCUUCGGAAGGAGCCCCUGGCGGUGCCUGCGAGCCGCUGGCGCUGAUGCCGCGCCAGGAGGGAGAAGCCGGAAGGGGCAGGUAAGGGUCCUCUAGGAGGGUCACUCUUCCCUUGCAGAAGGACAGGCCAGGAUCUGGCUCCAGGAAGGCUUUUAUUCCGUGCAGGAGGGACUUGGGGAGAGGGAGGAUGGAGGCUGCAAAUAAACCUACAUGCAGCCAUGGGAAUAGGAUCCAAAGUACAGGGCAUCCCCCUUGCUUUUCCCUGCUGCGCAUAUAGGCACGUGUCGUGGGGACGGACAGCCAAUUAAACGUUUCUCAUAACAACUUCUGCACACCUUAUCAGCCGUCUCCCUGCGCUGCACCUGUUGCCUUGCGCAACCCCUCAUCCUGAAGACGUUUCCAUGAUGUGCUGCUGCUGACCUCCCUGCGGGCUGGGAAUGGACCCUGCGUGGGAACUUUGCCCCAUUUGUCGUGCGCGAGAAGGCGUUGUGUGCUUGUGCAUGUGUGCGCGAGGCCCAGCUUCACAGCUCCACAAAGCCAUAAUUUAUGUAGCGUUUGGGGCUUUGCGUCCUACUUCGUAAUUAAUUUUUUUGAAUAGUUAAUGUCGUUCUUGUAGUUUUCACUUAUUUAUCAGAAGCUACCCAGAGAUCUUUAUGUGACGGGGCAGGCGAAAAAUGCCACAGAAGCUAGGUAAAUAAUAGAUUGUGCCGUUUCCUGGGUAAGGGGUUCUUUUUUAAAGAUGUGGUGAUGGUACAGAUGGAUGGUACAGAUCUCCUGUCUGCUUCAUUUUUAUUUUUAUUUGAUCCAGAUUGGGUGUGUGUUCUCCAAAUGAAAAUCCUCCUUGCAGGGACCGUUUUCCUUGUAGACAUGUAUGGGAGUUUUUUUCCAAAUAGAAGGGGGGACAAUUUUCAUUUGUAAGAUGGCACAGCACGAAAGGGUUUAAAUCCCUUUAGGAAGGGCUGCAGGUCAGUGGCAGAAAACCAGUCCCUGGUUCAACCCCCAAUAUCUUCAGGUACGGCUAGGAGUGUCCCCUGUCUGGAAUCCUGGUGAGCCACUGCCUGUCAGUGUAUACUGGAUCUAGACACAUCAAAGAAGCAUUUCACUUAAAGGCAUUGCAAACUUUGUAUGAGAAAUCGGGUUAGCCAAAACGGAACUCCACAUCACCAUCUGGUGUCACAGUGUUAGAAUGCAUAAACAACGCAUAUAAAGCGUUCUUUUAUUUGCCAGUGUAGCUGAGUCCCACCAGAUGUUGCUGAACUACAACUCCCACUGUCCCUGGCCACUGGUCACACUUGCAGGGGCUGAUGGGAGAUGUAGUCCAGCAAAAGCUGGAGGAGCAUACUCUGUGUAGACAAUAUUGAACUAGAUGGACCAAAGUUAUGACUUGGCCACUGUGAGAACAGGAUGCUGACCCAGGUGGGUCAUUGGCCUGACCCAACAGGCUCUUCUUCUGCUCUCAUGGUAUAAGGCAUGGGUAGGCAAACUCAGGCCCGGGGGCCGGAUCCGGCCCAAUCGCCUUCUAAAUCCAGCCCGCGGUCCGGGAAUCAGUGUGUUUUUACAUGAGUAGAAUGUGUGCUUUUAUUUAAAAUGCAUAUCUGGGUAAUUUGUGGGGCAUAGGAAUUCAUUUAUUAUUAUUUUUUCAAAAUAACCCCCACAAGGUUAUUCAUUAUUAUUUUUUCAAAAUAACCCCCACAAGGUCUGAGGGACAGUGGACCGGCCCCCUGCUGAAAAAGUUUGCUGACCCCUGGUAUAAGGAAACUUCCUAGGUUGCUUUCCCCAGCAUUCCUGAUCUGGAUCAACUCUCCCUCUGGCUGCAAAGUUUAAUCAGACCUGAAAGCUUUUUAUUUAUGCAUCACAGUUCUCAUGUCUAGCUUGUCUCUUACGUUCAAGCACACGGCUGUUGGUUAGAGGAGGAGAACCAUCAAGCAUUUUGUAUGUUGAAAACUGGGAGGAAAUGAAUAGUAAGAAAUUGUAAGUCAGUUUGUGAGCACUUAGAAAAGGAUGCUGCGAUUACUAAAACCCAACAUGGGUUUCUGAAAAACAAGUCAUGCCAGAUAAAUCUCGUUUCUUUUCUUGAUAGAGUUACAAGCUUGGUGGAUCAGGGGAACGCUGUGGACGUAGUGUAUCUCUAUUUCAGUAAGGCUUUUGACAAAGCCCCCUCCCCAUGAUAUUCUUGUGGAAGAGCUGGUAAAAUGUCGAGUGGACGAGGUAGCUGUUAAGCGGGUUUGUAGUGGAUUGACUGACCGAAUGCAAAGAGUGCUCACUCACAGUUCCUCAUAAUCCUGGGGGAAAGUGACAAGAGGGGUGGCUGCAGGGUUCUUCCCUGGCACCGUUGUUGUUCCUCAUCUUUAUAAGCAACUUGGAUGAAGGAAUUCAGGGGAUGCUCAUGAAAUUUGCAGAUGACACCAAAUUGGGAAGGGUAGCUAAUGCCGCAGAAGGCAGCUGUCUGUAGCGUUUGCACCCUAUUCUGUUCUUUUGCUACAGAUUAUUAAGGCACUCUUGUCUUAUGGGUUUGAGCUGACCCAAACCUUGGUUCCACAAGUUUCAACCCCUGAGCUGUUCUUCCCAGACAGAGGGUGGGCACCAUCUCGUUCCACACAAGAGAGAGAUGCACGGCUUAGCUUCAUUUUUGCUAAGCCUUCUCUGCACCGCUGCAGACGCUUCUUCCAGGGCCCGUGUGUCAAGAUACUUUAAUGACUGAAGCAUUACCCAUUAUUGUGCUUUCUGUUUUCCCUUCCAUCAUCCUCAAUCGUUCUGCCACACACACAGAGAGAGUAGGUGUCUUGUUUCCGUUGCGGUCCCUGAUAAAAAUCAUCACAGUGCCUUGUGCAUUAUACCCAGCUGCCUCUCCACCCCAGGGACUGGCAGCUUGGCAGGUACAAACACGGAGCACCUCGGCUCCUUUCUGCACAUCACUUUCUGCACAUCAAGCCACUUUCUGCACAUCAAGCUGAGCAGCCACCCACUCCAUCUUCUUGGGCUGCUUUGAAACAGCAGGGUGCUUAUACGCAGGAAGGGAUCCAUCCCCAGUUCAGUUCUGUGAACAUCAUGCUGUAAUUUAUCCUUCCCUCUCCUCUCCUCUCCUCUCCUCUCCUGGCCCUCCUUCUGUUGUCCUCUCUAUUGUCAAAAUUUAAAUCGUAAUCUACCCGGGGUCAGGGACCUGUCAUUAUUUUUUUUUUUAAACUUAUGCAACUCUCCAAAGAGACAUGUACAGUGAUAUUAUUAAGUUGUGGCAGUGUGGAGUGUUGUUCUCUUGACAUCUUCAGCCACUCCAUUCCAUUCCCCCUUGUCACUGAUUUUCCAUUCUCUCACACACCACCCCUCACAGUCAGGAAGAAUUCUGUGCCCUCUGAGCAUGCUUAGUCCUAAAUGGACUGUUAAGGAUCCCCCCUUCCCCUAUUUUGGGGUUGGGUGUGAAAGUGUGGGAUGGACACACUGGUGGUGCUGACUCCCAUCUACAUGAAAAUCUUGGAUUUUGCCACCGAUUGUUACGGACAGUUCUUGCAUCGGUCCCUGGAGUAAUUUUUUGGGCAGAGGGCAGUCCAGACUCAGAGGCAGGAGAGGAAAGGGGCCAGCUGACACAGAUGAGGCAGCCUGCUGAAGAAUCCAGGGGAUCCCCCUCUCCUGCUGUGACCAGCUCCCCUCUCCCCUGGUCUCCCACAACACACAGAGAAAUGAAGAGGGCAGAGCAAGGAGAGACAAGAUGAUAGAGCCUUAGGCUGCUGGGGAAGGAACCGAGGGAGGAGACUUAGGCAGCACUGGGAAGUCAGGGACCUUCAGUCCUAUCAAUGGCUUCAUUGGGGCCAGACCAACUGGGAGGAGCUGCUGUGACCACUAGGCAUGCUUGUGUGCAAGUGUCAUUUGCAGCCUGCUGCUGCUGCAACUCAUGCAUUCUUUACCCGCUGUUGCAAAUCAUUCAUGCAAAUGGAUCCUUAUGUGAGCCUCUUCGAAAUCAAGAAGGCGCAAAGGGUCUCAUCGUGAUCAGGGAGCCAAACCCUGGGUAGAUCCAGGCUUCUCUAACUGGGUUGCAUAAACCAACAGUGUCAACAAGGGAUUUUGCACACUGCGGUGAAAUAUAUGAUCAAUAGGUGGAUAAUCAUUAAUGGGAAGUUGACACAUGUGAUGAAAAAUGUUUUGAACAUUGCCCAGGCAAUAUGCAUUGCCCUCAAGCAGAGAAUAUGCACAGGGACUAAUCAGUCUGCACACAGCCAGAUUGAGACUCUCCAUUUGUGCACAUUGCUCUCUGGGGUCACUUGUCCAUGGAUUAAAUGGGCAGUGGGUUAAGUCUCCUGACCGUGCUCUGAGCGCAUCCCCAUUCUCCCCUCUUGCAUGUGAAGGUGUGCUGGUGUCUAUUUACCUUUUCCACUCAGCUAAACCAUUAAGCCUCUUGGGCUUGCCGAUCGGAAGGCUGGCGGUUCGAAUCCCUGUGACGGGAUGAGCUCCCUUUGCUCUAUCCCAGCUUCUGCCAACCUAGCAUUUCAAAAGCAUACCAGUGCAAGUAGAUAAAUAGGUACCGCUGUGGCGGGAAGGUUACCUUUACCUUUGCCUAACCAUAAUACAUAUUUUUGCUGGCUGGUCAACUUUUGUUAAACUGAUCCAUGAUAAACUUUCAGCGAGUGUGCCUGGAAUUAACAGAAGAAACUCAAAGAUCCUUAAUCACUAGCGAAAUCUUUUUCCUGAUCGCCUUCAGAAGGGGUCACCCUUUGGAGCAGAGGUUCCCAGAGUGGGUGGUACUGUCCCCUGGUGGGUGGUGAGAUUGUCUAGAGGGUGCUAAGAGGCAAGGGAGCAGCAGGGGGCCAAUAAGGGUUUGGAUGACUAUUGAAAUUUGAGAAGCUGCUAACUUUGGAUCAAGUUCAUCAGUUUACUUGAACUUAUUAAACUAAAUAGUUAGCAGUGCAAUUGAGUAAGAACAGUAAAGAGCUGUUUAACAGUGGAAUGGUCUCCCUCAGGAAGUUGUGGACGUGGACUCUCCGUCCUUGGAGAGGUUUUUUAAUGUAUUUUUAAAAAAGAUUUUCUUGAUUUACAAAGGUAUGUGCAAUGUCUCUCGUAUUUUUUGCUCCAUGUAACUUUUUUUAAAAAAUCGGUUUCAUUUGUUGAGACAUUAGGAAGAAUAGGGGGAAAGAGGUGGAGGGGGGCGAAAGAUGAGUAGGGGUGGGGUCGGGUGGUGAUGUUUCUGAUUUACUUAAUAUAUGUGGGGUUUUGUGUCAGCGUUGCUUGUGCAGGUUCUCUGCUGUUCACUUGUGUUCCUUUGGUGGUGAGAGAGGUUGGGGUUGGCCUAGGGUGUGGUUGUUCAUUUGUGGUUGGCUGUGGUGGUCUUUGUUUUCGUGUCUGAGUGGGGUGGGUGGGUGUUUUGGAUCAGGUUAGCCAUAUUGAUUUGUAUGCUAUUGGUGGAUUCUUGUUGUUGUCUUGUUGGGCUGUGUAUGUUAUAAAGUGGAGAUGUUUCAGUUGGACUAAAUGACCCUCAGGGACCCCUUCCAAUUCUAGGAUUCUAAUUCCCAUCAGCCGCAGCCAGUAUGGCAAAUGAUCAGGGAAGAUGGGAGAUAAUAAUAAUAAAUAAAUAAUAUUUUUUAUUUAUACCCCGCCCUCCCCAGCCAGAGCCAGGCUCAGGGCGGCUAACACCAAUAAAAUGACAAUAAAACAUAAGGGAGGGGGGGCAAACCAACAAAAAACCCAGUUUAUUAAAAUAUGGGUUAAAACACAAUUUAAAAUGCAGCCUCAUUUUAAUAGUAGCCCAUAAAUCAAAACCAUAAGGGUGAGGGAAACAUAAGGGUCAGACUGAGUCCAAACCAAAGGCCAGGUGGAACAGCUCUGUCUUGCAGGCCCUGCGGAAAGAUGUCAAGUCCCGUAGGGCCCUAGUCUCUUGUGACAGAGCGUUCCACCAAGUCGGGGCCAGUACUGAAAAGGCCCUGGACCUAGUUGAGACCAAUCUACACCUUGCAGCUUGGGACCUCCAAAGUGUUGUUAUUUGUGGACCUUAAGGUCCUUCGCGGGGCAUACCAGGAGAGGCGGUCCCGUAGUUCAGAACAUCCAGAGAGCAGCAUUUAGGCUAUCCUUGGUCUAAGCUGGAGUUAGCUGAAACUGGGUGGGCAGCCUUGUGGAGGGGCUGCAACAGCUGUUCCCUGGAGAUCUGUUGAGUGUAGGAGCCCGUUCGCUUCCAGUAAGCUGCGCUUGUACAUCUGUAUAUUGAUAUUACAAAAACAGCUUAAGUCUCACAGGGCUCUUCUGAUCUAAAUGAAAUGAAAUCCUGUUAACCCUGCCACUGUGGAUUGUCUCAGGGAAGUGAAGUGGGCGCAGAACUAUAUAUUCAGAUUUAUGUAUUUUAAACAGGGUUACGACCUUUAAGCAGUUUAAUUAAUAGAUUAAUCAAUUAAAGCUUCAAUUGGUGAAUUAAUCAAGGCUCUGCUUUGCUUAGCAAAGGCAAAUUUUAAUCAAUGGGGCCAAGGGUUCACAACAUGUUUAUUUAUUUCUCCUUGUGCUAUUCUGGUGCGCCCCUGUAGGAAGUAUGGGCGAGGUUUCGGUCCUUAAUCUGUUGAUCAAUCAGCUAAAGUGAUUAAUCAGCAUCUUUCUUUUGUAAUUGGUUGGUCCACUUGGUAUUGAUUGUGGCUCAUAAAUACAAUUAACAGCUGACCCAAAUAAACAAAACCAGGACCAGGUCAAGUUUUGAUUUGGGGACUUUUUCUUUGGGGCUGUUGCUGAACCAACAUUUCUUUUUAAAAAACCCCCAAAGAUGUACACUUUAGGCAAACAGGAAACUUUUGCACUGGACUGCAACCCUACUUCCUGGUACCCUGGAUGCAUGUGGUGCUGUGGUCUAAACCACUGAGCCUAUUGGUUUGGCGAUUCAAAUCCCAGUGACGGGGUGAGCUCCUGUUGCUCUGUCCCAACUUCUGCCAACCUAGUAAUUCAAAAAGCACACCAGUGCAAGUAGAUAAAUAGGUGCUGUGGUAGCGGGAAGGUAAAUGGCGUUUCCAUGCGCUGUGGCUUCCAUCAUGGUGUUCUGUUGCACCAGAUGCGGUUUAGUCCUGCUGGCCACAUGACAAACGCCAGCUUCUUCGGCCUGGAAGCAAGAUGAGCACCACAACCCCAUAGUCACCUUUGACUAAACUUAACCGUCCAGGGGUCCUUUACUCUUUUUUUUUUAAGCCACCCCACCCCCCAGAGUAUUCUGGCUCCACCCCCAAGGUCCACCCAGCUACCAGAAUUUUUUAUUUCCGGAGUUGUUGGUGAGGCUUAGUCCAGUGGUUCUCAAACUACCCCUCUCUGCAGACCAUUCUGAAAUUGCUAGUGGUCUUGCCAGGCCACUUAAUGGUUUUUCUGCCUGCCAUUGAUUUUUCUGCAAAUUGCAAUGCACUGAGCUAGAUGCUGCAUGAUAUUUAACUGUAUUUUUAUUGCUGCUUUUAUUUUUUACGCAUUGCAUUUUAUUGUAUAACAGUUUGAAUUCCGUAAAAUGUCCUCCUUCAGCUCUAUGGAAAAACGAACCAUGCUAUACACAGACGCACAGGGAGGGUCACACACCCACAUACCCUACAACUAGACAUCUGUCUGAGCCCUCUUUGAGGCAACCUCUGACCUCACUGUCCUUUUCUCUUGAAGGUAAAUGUUGAAGACACUGUCGAAAUGUUACCCAAGUCCCGGCGAGCGCUCACCAUCCAAGAAAUCGCGGCCCUCGCCCGGUCCUCAUUGCACGGUAAGCGGCUAAGAAUGGAGUUUGAUGAGAGUGUCUCCAUUUCUGGGGGAAACAUCAACACUGGGCCUCAUUUCAGUCACUGUACGCUCUGUAUUUCUUUCCCAGUGGAAGCUCAAAGCAACUAGCAGCAUCCAAGCAACAAUAAGGCAAGAGUAAAACUCACUGAAUCACUACUGGCUCAACUUUCCUACUUGAUGGGCUGCUUCCAGGUGUCUUGUUUAUUGAGCACCCAUCCUGAUUUACUUACAGGGAGAUUACACAACUAAGCAAGCGCAAUCCAAUGCUUUAAAGAGUAUUUCCCUGUCACUUUCCUUAAUGCAAAAAGACUAUUUUUUGGGGGGAGUGGAUUUUUAGCUCAAGCUGCACAAAACUGAAUUUGACGGCAUGUGAUUGAAUCCUACUUGAAAAUAGAGACAUACUGUGGAUACACACCGUACAUUUAAAGGACAUUUCAUUCCCAGAGAAUCCUGGAAACUGUAGUGUACAUUCCCAGCACCCUUAACAGAUUAGUGUUCUUGGGGCGGGGCGGAGAUGUGCUUUAAAUAUAUGUUGUGUACACUGCCAAAGUCUCAGUUGCAAUCAUUAGGGGUGCUGGAGGGAAUUUGCUUCCCCCUGUUCCCUUUCACCGCUUUCAAGAAUUGGACAGCCAGUACAACCUUGAAUUAAGACUGUCUUCUGGCUUGUGAGUAAGAAAGUCCCAGCCCUUUGGCUUUCAAAUACAGUGGUACCUUGGUUCUCAAACUUAAUCUGUUCCAGAAGUCUGUUCCGAAACCAAAGCGUUCCAAAACCAAGGCGUGCUUUCCCAUAGAAAGUAAUGCAAAAUGGAUUCAUCCAUUCCAGACUUUAAAAAACAACCUCUAAAACAGCAAUUUAACAUGAAUUUUCCUCUCUAACGAGUCCAUUGAUCCAUAAAAUGAAAGCAAUAAUCAAUGUACUGUACUAUAAAAUAAAUAAGACAGUAUUGUAGAUGAUAAAAAUAAAAAUUAAUUUUUUUACUUACCUGCACUGGUGUUAGUCAUUGUUUGGAUGAGGAGCUUUUAUCUAUUUCCGCAGUCACACAACCAACCAACCAACCAACCAACCAGUAGCUGAACUGGGUUCCACACAUUCACAAAAACAAAUUAACUGAAAAAGCCUCAAAAACAAAAAUGCAAAAUAAAUAGCAAAAACUAAAGCGUCGAACUUAAUCCUUGUCAGAAGCUCAUUUGACUUCCGAAAUGUUCAAAAACCAAGGGGCAGCUUCUGAUUGGUGCAGGCACCCCAGAAACAAUAGCCGACAGCCACAUCGGAUGGUCAGCUUCCAAAAAAAUGUUCGAAAACCAGAACACUUACUUCCGGGUUUUCGGCAUUUGGGACCCAAGGGGUUUGAGAAGCAAGGUGCCACUGUAAUAAAAUACGUUGCCUGCUUUUGAUCUGCCUCCCCACAGCAGCCCAAGCUGAAAUGAGAGGAGGAUUAGCAUGAAGGAGUGCGCUGGGGUCUCCUCCAGCAUGGCUCCCUUGGGUUAUUUUAGAAGUUAACGUGGGCAGAAGCCCUAUGCAAUAAUUAGAAUGAAAAGCUCCCUUAUCUCACCAUAGUAAUAUGCAGAUUAGAUCCAAAAUUAAAUCUGUACUGGAUUGCGGGGAACGUUGCCAAUAUAAUUGCCGGCCUCCGUGGUGAAAUGUACAUUGUAGUUGCAACUCCUUGGCUGUACACCCCUCCUUGAAAUGACUCUGUGCCACAAUUUGUCUUGAAAAGAGACUUCUGUGGGCUAAAGAAAGUUUAUUUCAAGCCAAGUUUCGGCAGGGGGGUGGGACUCCAAGUGUGCCAUGGAAGGCCUCUGCAGACAGACACACGUCAAGAGACCCAUGAGAUAAGGAGUGAGAUUCUUCCACUCCUCCCACCCUGCUCUCCUGCAGGUACUUCCUCAAGGCAGGAGGAGUUCUCUGUUUGUCUCCCUUGUCUAUUGGAUGAUCAUAUAUCUUACCUUACAUGGUACAGUCCUCAAUUUGACGGGCAAAAAGAAAGAAUGCUAAGGAGCGAGACUUCCUGAGCAUGCAAACAGCUCACAUGGUCACCUUCUUCCCCACGAUGGUGAGUUGCAUUGCAUUUCUGUUUAAAUCAAUGUCACAAACCUAUACAAAUCUACAUUCUAUUUUAUUUGGUAAUGCAUUUCCUCUUUUGUUUUGCAAUAACCUACUUGUCAAUGGUCCUAUGUCAAGCAAGGCCACAAACACAUGGGCCACCAUCAAUUUGUUACCCUUAAGGUUGCCGCAGGAGAUUUUUCCUUGUUUUUGCGGCAACACAUUCAAAAUGGCUGCCUUCCUAGCUCCCUUCAUUUUUCUGGAGUCUGCUUUUGGCUGUGUGAUUUCCCCUGGCAGUUAUUUUCCUGCCUUGAAGACAGCCCAGAGGCACAUUGGCACUUUAAUGAUAUUGUCAUUGUUUUUACUAAGAAUGCAAAUUUUCUUAAAAUUGUACCACCCAUCUUCUGACCCCCCAGGAAACCCUUUCUGCAUAGAUUGGUUUGCCAUGGAUGGAUUCAUCUGCCAAGACUCCAGAGUCCCUGUACCUUCUUCUUCUUCUUUUUAGCAUUCUGGAACAUGGUCUAAUUUCAGUUAAUACUGAAUAACUAGUUAAUACUGGAGGAUAAACAGAGGUGUUAGGCCUACCUGUUUGCCCCCCCCCCCCAUUUGAGAGGCCUCCUACAAUGCGCCCAUACUCUCCCAUGUGCGAACAUUGCAGUGGAACAUCUGUAAUGGCCUUUUGGGCAUCUUGCCCACCAUUAUUGAGCUUCUGGGCUCUUGAUAGGCUUCCGAGAAAACCUAGGAUUUCAUAGAACACAGUUUGAAAAACACCAAAUCAAAUCAUUCCAAACACAUUAGGCCAGCAUUUCUCAAAGCGCUUUCCUAGGGGCUGUGCAGACCACUUAAUAAACAUCUUCUCUUCAAUGGUGACAGCAACCUCAAAACCAGGGCUGCUUUAUGAAAACUGUGGGCCUUGAGUUUCGGAGAUAGGCCUCUAACUAGUAGAGUUUAUGGAAAAAUUAGUACACUCCACAAGUAUCCUAUUAUGAAUAUCACAGGCCCUAUGCCCAGGACCUUAGUGGUGUAUUUGGGCAAAAUAGUCAGAAUCUUCAUUGUCAGUGAAGAAAAAAACCCAAAUCCAGGGCCAUUUAUCAAUCUUAUCAGGUGUUCUGCAGACCCCUUGAACAUAGCUGUCAACCUUCCCUUUUUUUGCGGGAAAUUCCAUUAUUCCCGCUGCUUUCCACUGCUAUCCCAGAUUGUUAGAUAUCCCAUAGGCUGUCCCUGGGACAGGUGAGGCUGGUGAUCCCUUAUUUUCAAAUCUGAAAGUUGACAGCUAUGCCCUUGAAACACCUGAGGACCACCAGUGGUCUGUGGAUCAGUUUGAGAACCUCUGAAUUUACAACCCAACUUCCAUCCAAGGAGCUCAAGGUGGCAUUGAUGUUCGCAACUGUGUGUCUCAAGAGACAAUGGAGUGCGCCUCCUAAAGUGAAGUCAAGCCACUGCAUUAGCAGCAGUGAAGUGACCUCCCCAGGCCACAAGCCUGACCAGUGUGUAUGGAGGUCCUGGGCUGCCCAGAUGACAAGACUCCCCUCUCAUCCUCACUGAUGUGGUCCAAAGGAAAGCAGAGCAAGAUGUUUGGCACCAGCUUGGCUACAGGAGUUGCUGGAAGGAAGCAUACAAGGCUCCACACAGCCAUCUUAGGGACUCCACUUCAAAUUUGUGUGAUUCAAAUUUACUUCUCCCGAAGAUAUUCCACAAGGCAGUGGAUGCUUAGGGUCAGAGUUUUCCUUCUCCUAGAUGGGCUACCUUCCCAGAUUGACAAGCCCCACCUGCCCCUCACUUCCCUCUACAGCAUGUACAGAAACUGCCUUCUUGACCAUAGCUGUCUUUACUCGGGGGGGUGCAAGGGGUGCGGGGCACCCGGGCGCAGAAUUCUGGGGGGGCCCAGGUGCCUGCCGCUGAAGCCGCUGAAGCUCUUAACUAUCUACCUGUUAUGAAAUACUAAAUAAUUCUGAUCAAGCUAGAAAAACAAAAUACAUAUAUACCUAGGUAUUACCGAAAUGUAUACCUACUGUUUCACUAAAGGGCUUUCGACUUUGUGCACUCAUUUGCCAAAGACGCACUGCACCAGCUGUGCUUGACUCAGUGAUGACACUUGUCAUUCUCAGCGGUGCUGUGCAUGCAAAAUUAACUCUUACAUCAUAAUAAAAGUUAAUUUGGGGGCAUUGUAUGGAACUUUGCACCCCUGUGGCGCAUAUGCUAAAGACUGCGCUAUUCAUGACUGUUGGACCCACUAUUGAUCACUGCUUGUUUUAUUCUCACAACACCCCUGUAAGGUUGGUUAGGCUGAGAGGUGGUGUCUGGCCUCCUUGGCUAAGUGUGGAUUUGAACCCUGUUCUCCCAGAGUCCUAGUCUGGCACUAUAACCAUUAUACCACGCUGGCUGUACCACUCUCAGAACUGAAAAGGACAGGCCAAUUCCCAGUCACAUAAGGGCACCCAAGUUAGUUCUGAACGUUAUGGGACCCCUUACAAAUGUUGCUGAGAGUUUCAGCUCUGCAUAGCUUGAUUUCUCUGUUUUUUACGUCAAUCAACCAAGGGCAAGUUGUGUGACAAAGAGCCGGUGAAUUGUCAGUGAGCGGAGUUCUCAUGUUACAUUAUCCCGCCGAUCAUUAUGUCUCAAUGGAUGUGCGAAGCUGCUAUAAUCAGUUAUUGCAGAUCACUGCCUCUUAAAUACGCCCAAGAUAAUUAUCCGGCAACGGAGAAGGCAAGCCAGGGAGGUGAUACGCCAACUGUAGCUCGUCUGUCACCUAUUACAUGAUAGCUGUCACUGGAACUGAAUGUGUGACAUCCCAAGUGGCAAACACUUUCAGAAGGGAUGCGCAUAGGCUAUAAAUUCCAAAGCAUAGCUCAAAGUCAGAUUUUCAUGGCUUGGAUUUGCCAAGCAAGGGGGCUGUAAUCCUUCUCAGGCUGAAUUGUGCAGCUCUGAGAGAGGCUUGGGAUACAUGUGCAGCAGAAUGAAGUGAUCAGGGAGGAGGCUGAGCUGUUCCCCUUCAGACUGCAUGGCCUGGACCAGCUUUUCCCUCCAGGUGUUUGGGUCUACAAAAUAGUCCGCCGUCAGAGGCAGCAUGCCUCUGAAUACCAGCAGCUAGAAACUGCAGGAGGCAGAACGGCACUUGUGCUAAGACCCUUCAUGAAGGAUUCCCACAGGGAUCUGCUUGGUCACUGUUAGAACAGGAUGCUGGACUACAUGGGCCCCUGGCUCUCCGCAAGUUCCUAUGCACAACUCCCAUCAAGCCCAGCCAGCACGCUGCUGGGAGUUGGUGCCUUCUUAAUUUUAUCCAGGUGGAUAGCUCAGCUGGUUAGAGUGUGGUGUUGAUAACACCAGAGGUUGCAGGUUUGAUCCUGGUACGGGACAGCUUCAUUUUCCUGCAUUGCAGGGGGUCAGAGCAGAUGAACCUUGGGGUCCCUUUCAACUCUACAAUCCGUGAUUCUAUCAUCUGCAGAGCACCAGUCUGGUGAAGGCUGAUGUGGAUGAUUGCAUUUUUUAAAAAAGUUCCAUUAUAUUGAAAAGCAAAGACACACAACUUAUAAAAUUACAGUCAUACCUCAUGUUACAUUUGCUUCAGGUUGCGCGUUUUCAGGUUGUGUCCCACGGUGACCCAGAAGUACUGGAAAGGGUUACUUCUGGAUUUCGCAGCUUGCGCAUGCGCAGACAUGCAAAAUGACAUCAUGUGCAUGCGCAGAAGCAGCUAAUCGUGACCCGUGCGUGCACAGACAUGGGUUGCGUUCUUUUCAGGUUGCGAACGGGCCUUCGGAACAGAUCCCGUUUGCAACCAGAGGUACCACUGUAUUUAAUAAUAACAAUCCCUGAACUCUUCCCAGCUGCUUCUGCUGUUCCUAAAGUCAUGGUUUGGGAAAGGCACCUAGGGCUGGAGGGUGGGGCAAGGCAAGUGGAAAAAGCCAUUGCCUGAUGGACAGCAGAAAGUCUCUCUUUCACAACCACCCACCCACCCCAAUGUGGGUUUCCUGCUGAAGGCCAUCGCUGCAUGUUUUGGGCAGUAGGGGAUAGUCGGGAUGAUUUAACAUGUGACGGAGCAUGACAUCUAGUUGGCUCUUUUUAUAAGGAUGCCCUUUCAGCCGUUCCUUAUCAGGUGCCUCUUCAGUCACGGAGUCUGGCUUCCACCCAAGGAGUGUGUGUCACGGUGUGUGCCAGCAUCUCCAUUUGCAGAAUGGAGAGUUUCACCGCAAAGUGCAACCACAGAUCAUCUCAGCAGCUCCGGGGCAUCCCCUCUAACCCUGCUUGCUCCAUUGCAGGUAUUUCACAGGUGGUGAAGGAUCAUGUGACCAAGCCCACGGCCAUGGCUCAAGGCAGGGUGGCCCACCUCAUCGAGUGGAAGGGCUGGUGCAAGCCCAUGGACUCGCCGGUGGCUCUGGAAAGCACGUUCAACUCCUAUUCGGACCUCAGCGAAGGAGAGCAGGAGGCCAGGUUUGCUGCAGGUAGGAACCAUCUGGGAGAGAGGGGAAAGUAGGCGGCGAGGGGUGUGGUGUCAGAUUGGGGAUUUAUCUGCUGUACGGACACAGAAAUAAUGUGCCUUUGUACCCUGAGGCUGCAAGGCAGGGAACACUCAUAAAGAGAGCCUGCUGGAUCAGGCCAAUGGCCCGUCUUGUGCAGCAUCUUGUUCUGACCGUGGUCAACCAGAGGCCCAUGGGAAUUGCAAGUAGGACUUGCAACCUAUCCUGUACUGUGCAGAGGAGGGUGACCAAGACAAUCAAGGGUCUGGAAACCAAGCCUGAUGAGGAACGGUUGAGGGAGUUGGGUAUGUUUAGCCUGGAAAAGACAAGAGUGAGAGGAGAUAGGAUAGCCACCUUCAGAUAUCUCAAGGGCUGUCAUAUGGAGGAUGGAGCAAGAUUGUUUUCUCCUGCUCCAGAAGGUAGGACCUGAACCAAUGGCUUCCAGUUACAAGAAAGGAGAUUCCAACUUAACUUUCUGACAGUAAGAGCUGCUCAACAGUGGAAUGGACUCCCUCGGAAGGUUGUGGACUCCCCUUUGUUUUUUAAGCAGAGGAUGGAUAGCCAUCUGUCAGAGCUGUGAUCCUUGCAUUGCAGUGGGUUGGGCCAGAUGACCCUCAGGGUCCCUUCCAAUUAAACAAUUCUGUGGUACUACAUGUGGUGUCAGGGGGAGGCCAGGCAGAGAUAUGACUUCCAAUGCACAAUCUGGAGCCUUAAAGUGCACUUCUGAUUGUGCCUUGCGAGGGAGGCCUGCCAUCAUCAACUGUCAGUUGAUUGGCACUCACUUCAGCCCACUGGGAUGGGCUGAUUUGGAGUACAGUGGACACUUGGGUUGCGAACGUGAUCUGUGCGAGAUGCCCAUUCGCAACCUGCAGCGUUCGCAACCUGCAGCGUCGCGUCUGCACACGCACAGGCUGCACAUGCACAAUCACCGAAUCCCGGAAGUAACCUGUUCUGGUACUUCUGGGUUUUGGCAGUCCGUAACCCAAAGAAACACAACCUGAAGUGUCUGUAACCCGAGGUAUGACUGUACUCCGUAGCCAGCCAAUCCCAGCAGAAAGCAGAGCUUGAACUUUGCACCUGUCAGCUGGUCAACACUAACUCCAAGCCCAACUUGACUGGACUUGGCUCUUCCUUUGUGGCCCAGCUUGCCGUUCACCAAAGAAAAAAUGGGUCCCCUGAUGACAUGGUGACCUCAGGUCAAAAUGGCUUUGCUGGGGGAAGGGCAGGAUCUCGCCCACUGGCUGGAUCCAGUCCCCACCCCCGGUACAUAGGAUUAUGAUGAGCAGGUAAUCACAAGGGGGUAAGGGGUGAGAGUGGAGAAAGGCCAGUGUAAGCUUGCUUCUACAAGUCCUUCUCCGCCCAACCUAAAUGCCAGUUUGUACACUGCGGACUGGAGAUUUUCCUGCUUCUCUGUUGGCCAAACCCCAGAAGCCAUGGACACGGCACAAUCAAAAUGUCUGCCUACUUUGGAGAGAAAUACAUAACACCACAUUUUGGCACCAGGCAAAGCUGCUGACUGUGCACCAAAACCCCGCCUCCGUCCGCUCAGAACCCUCAAUUCAGUCCUCUGUUUCCCAGAUCAUUUUCAAAGCAAUUUCUCCAUGCAUGCAUACGGAUAUUUCUGCUAGCCUCUCUCAGAGAGCAAAGGUUUUAAAAGUGGGUUGGUGGCGCUACAGGGAGGGGUGCCUCAGGGCCGGCAUUCGACAAGCUGUGCUGGCCCUAGGUGCGACAGCUGCUGUGCCAUCCCAGCUGCCCCCUUGAUGCCACCUCCUGUGCCAGCAGCGGAGGCUGGCUGUGUCCUUGUAGGAGCUCAGCCGAAUGCAAGGCCAGGAGCUGAGUCACCCAAAGGAUCCGGAAACCAGGGGGAAAGAGCCGGCGAGAGGGAACGAUUAGCUCCCUCUCACCCGCUGCCCCUCUCCAUUCACCCUGAGAGCUCUGCCCUUCGAGGGCCUGGCAAAGCAGAGUAAUCAUCCCAAACAACAGAGCGGUCGUCUUCCUGCCCGCAAAGUCCCGACUUUGGGAACAAAAGGACUGUCACAUGACAUGACUGUCACCCAAGCGCCUGGCCUGCCUUCGGGGCUGAGCUGUUCACUUUCUGACAGCCAGGGAGAGACAGGCGUGGGGUAGGAUAAACAGUGACAGAUAAGAUUGCUGCCAGAGCAACUCAGCUCCUGCCUUUGAAAGAGCUCGUGUUUUCUAGAGGAGGGUUGACCACAGAACCACCCCUGGGGAAGCUCUUCUCCCUGAAUUUGCUCGUCCUUUUGGGAGGCUGCCAGCAUGGGCAUAAUUACCCCUUUGCCAUAAGGGUAUUUAUCUCCCUCUGAAGAUGGAGGAAACAGCCAUGUCGCGAACCUCAGUGUCAUCCGGCGAACUCCAAUGCACCCUGGAACCAAGGAGGGGUUGCAGGAUAGUGCUGGAGGAAGAAUCAAGGCUGCUGACGAGUCAAGGCUGCUGCUGCUGACGAGUCAAGGAAGCAUCUUCUAAGGUGAAACGGUCCUCGCAAUCUAUAGUAAAAAGCCAUAGGUCAGGAAUAGCUCGCAGAGAACAUUUUCGCUAAUGUACCACUUUUCCUGGGUCACGUCAAGCCAAGGGCAUCAUGUCAGGCCCAGGUCAUGUCGGUAUUCCAAUGGGCCUAUGAGGAGUGAUGCCAACUCAGACCCAUAUCACUUCAAUUGGAUUUGAGCUGGCCAGCUUACAGAGAGGCAUGGUGAAACAAACUGGGAUGCUCAAAGUUAGUUAGACCCUGGGAUUUGCUGCGAUUUAUUCUUAGAAUCAUAGAAGGGACCCCAGGGGUCAUGUAGUCCAGAAUCUCUACUAAAGCAUCCAUGACAGAUGGCCAUCCAACCUCUGCUUUAAAAUCUCCAAGGAAGGAGAGCCCACCACCACUGUCGAACAGCUUUUGCUGUCAGAAAGUUCUUCCAGAUGUUGAGUCGGAAUCUCCUUUCUUGUAACUUGAAGCCAUUGGUUCUGGUCCUACCCUCCAGAGAAGGAGAACACAAGCUUGCUCCAUCUUCCAUGCUACAGCCCUUGAGUUAUUUGAAGAUAGCUAUCCUGUCUCCGUUCUUUCCUUGGAACUCAUGCUAUCUGGCCUUGUGCUGUGCCUUUGUCAUUGACAGUGGAAGAGCCCUGUUGGAUGAGACCCAAAGCUCAUCUAGUCCAAUAUUCAGUUUCCCACUGUGGCCAUCCAAAUGCCUCCUGGAAAGACCACAAACAAGAGAUGAAGACACUAGCGCUCUCCACCACCCUGGUGUUCAGAAUCAUGUGCCUCUGAUCCUGGUGGUGUUGUGACUAGUGGCCACUGAUAGACAUCUUCUACCACAUGCAUCUAGUUCAGGGAUUCCUGAACUUGGGUCUCCAGCUGCUAUUGGACUACAACUCCCAUUAUUUCCAGCUAGCAGGACCAGUGGUCGGAGAGGAUGGGAGUUGUAGUCCAAAAACAGCUGGAGAUCCAUGUUUUGGAAAUCCUGAUCUAAUUAAUACUACCAGGGAGCCAAGGUGGCCAGUGUUCCUGUUCCUCAGGGACAUGCGUGGCUCUGUGGUCUAAACCACUGAGCCUCUUGGCCUUACUGAUCAGAAGGUCAGCGGUUCAAAUCUGUGUGACAGGGUGAGCUCCCGUUGCUCUGUCCCAGCUCCUGCCAACCUAGCAGUUCAAAAGCAUACCAGUGCAAGUAGAUUAGAUAGGUACUGCUGUGGCAGGAAGGUAAACAGUGUUUCCAUGCACUCUGGCUUCCAUCACGGUGUUCCGUUGUGCCAGAAGCAGUUUAGUCCUACUGGCCACAUGACCUGGAAAGCUGUCUGUGGCCAAAGCCGGCUCCCUCAGCCUGAAGCGAGAUGUGCGCCGCACGCCAUAGACGCCUUUGACUGGACUCAACCGUCCAGGGGUCCUUUACCUUUACCUUACUCUAUUUCUCACUCAUAAUAGUUAGAUGUUCUUCUUCCUUAGUUUUGCCACAAGCUGCACCUGCUUAGAAUCCUGCAAGAAUUAAAUGCAGAGCAGCCUUCUCCUCCUCUGCAUCUGUUGGUCACCUACUUCUGCCUCCAUCAGUGGUGAAUUGCUGUGUGUCCUUCAGCCACAGCUUGGGCUCUGAUUCAAUCUGAGCUUCACAGGCGACUCUGAGCUAAUUGUAAUGGUUGGAGCCUGAAGCUGGGAGUGUCUGCCUAUCCCCACCCCUCCUCCUUUCCCCCCCCCCCAGGAGGUGACGCACACAGGCAGCUGCAGCCCCAAAUUAGCCACCCCCAGGCCCCCAUUUAACAACAAGCGUGGCUGCUUUCUGACAAGUAAAAUUAACAGAUAUCCAGCUCAGUCCAGUUGUGUGCUCCAGACUCUUGAGGGUCCUGCAAAUGACUCAUGUUUGCAAAAAGAGAUGUGCACGGGUUGUGUGAGCUGACUCCAAUGGGCAGUCUGCACAUGUUCUGUGCUGGUGGGGAGAGGGUGGGGCUUGGCCGAGGGAUCAAUGGCUGCUAGUAUUUAUAGCUACAUACUAACUCCAGGAUCAGAGGCAACUCACUUGCACCCCCUGCCUCCUCUGGACACAUCAGUCUCUGCCCCUCAAAAUCCAUUUAUUGGCAGGAAAUAUCAGACUCAGUUGCUGCCCCCUCUCCUCCCCACCAAGACUGAGACCCUAAUCUAAUAAAUAAACAAAUCUUUUAUUUGCAAUAAGACAUGUAAAUUAGGUAGCGCCAUGCUAACUUUCCUGAUUUGCACAAUUUACCCAGCCGAGAUUGGGGCUUUUUUCAGCUGUGCCUUGGGCCAUGUGUAAUCUAAAAUGCGAACAUAUUUGAAGGCGAUGAAUAUGUGAAAAUCGCUUGGCAAGGUGAACAGGGAGGGUUUCCUCUGAGACUGUUGACAACUUGUCUAAAUUAACCUUGGGAUAAUAAUCUCCCUUCUGGGAAUUUUCUUGGGAAUAGGGUUAGCAGAUGGCAACUUGGAGAUCCUAUCUACUUCCUUAAAUAUUCAAAUGUGCAAAAGGAUACAAAGGCAGCUCCUUGCAUACCUUCCCUCCCUGGACCUGUUCCAGCCCUCCCUCCCUUCGCCAGCUGCCUGGAGCACACGAGUCUUGCUUAUUAAAGCAUAGAUGGACGAGGAAGGCCAGGUGAGAGGCCCAAGGAGGGAGCAGGUGUAGGAAGCUGCAAGCUGCCUUCUUCCCUCUUUGCACCACAGAAUGUAAAGGUAUUUGCAUGUGAUCUGCCCUCCACCUGGCAAGUCGAAUGGGUGGAUGGAGGAGGUGUAAGCCUUUUGGUUUCUGCUGCCACACCAUACGGACUAGAACUGUGCUUCGGAAUCUUGCAUUCGUAAUGAAUUCAUGUUCCUGGAAUCAUAGAAUUGCAGAGUUGGGAUGUACCUCAAAGCCAAUCUAGUCCAACCCCUUUGCAGUGCAGGAAUUACAGCUAAAUUAUGAAAUUGUCAUCCAGCCUCUCCAAGGAAGGAGAGUCCACCACCUCCCAAGGGAGUCCAUUUCACUGUCAAACCACUCUUACCAUUAGAAUGCUCUUCCUAAUGUUUCAUCGGAAUCUCCUUUCUUGUAAUUUGAGUCCUUGGAUUGGAUUCUACCCUCCGGAGCAGCAGAAAACAAGCUUGCUCCAUCUCCCACAUGAUAGCCCUUAGGUAGUGAUUCUUCCCCACUUUUACAAACAGGGAACAAUGAAUGUGAGAGGUGUCAGCUUGUCAUAAAUGUUAGGAAGUGUACAGUUUCCAUGCAGUUUCCAUGUGCCAUGAUUCCUGCACUGCAGGGGGUUGGAUUUGAUGACCCUCGUGUUCCCUUCCAACGCGGGAGGUGCUGUGGUCUAAACUACUGAGCCUCAAAUCCCCAUGAUGGGGUGAGCUCCCGUUGCUUUGUCCCAGCAAGAGAUGAAGACCAUAGCGCUCUCCACCACCCUGGUGUUCAGAGUCAUGUGCCUCUGAUCCUGGUGGUGUUGUGACUAGUGGCCACUGAUCUUCUACCACAUGCAUCUAGUUCAGGGAUUCCCAAACUUGGGUCUCCAGCUGCUAUUGAACUACAACUCCCAGCUAGCAGGACCAGUGGUCAGAGAUUAUGGGAGUUGUAGUCCAAAAAACAGCUGGAGAUCCAUAUUUUGGAAAUCCUGAUCUAAUUAAUACUACCAGAGAGCCAAGGUGGCCAGUGUUCCUGUUCAUCAGGGACAUGGGUGGCUCUGUGGUCUAAACCACUAAGUCUCUUGGGAUUGCUGAUCAGAAGGUCGGCGGUUCAAAUCCGUGUGAUGGGGUGAGCUCCUGUUGCUCUGUCCCAGCUUCUGCCAACCAAGCAAUUUGAAAGCAUGCCAGUGCAAGUAGAUAUAUAAGUACCACUGUGGCCAGAAAGGUAAAUGGCGUUUCCGUGCACUCUGGUUUCCAUCGCGUUCUGUUGUGCCAGAAGUGGUUUAAUCAUGCUGGCCACAUGACCCAGAAGGCUGCCUGUAGACAAACACUGGCUCCCUUGGCCUGAAAGUGAGAUGAGCGCCGCAACCCCAUAGUCACCUUUGACUGGAGUCCAGGGGUCCUUUACCUUUACCUUUUUUACUAUGUUCCCUUCCAACUCUACUGUUCUAUGGUUCUUUGAUACCACCACCUCUUUUUAGGGCCUUCUCUUUCACACAGAGUCAUGGAUGCUCUCCAGAAUUUGGCACUCCAGUGGUUAACAAUAAAAAAGAUAAAUCAAAAGUAAAUGUUAUUGUAUCAAAGUGGAAUUAGCAUACUUAUUAAGGGAUACACGGAGCAGAUGUUAAUUGACACAAGCCCUUCCUAAAACAGCGCUCUUAACAAUAGGCUAACGAGUUGCAGCUAAUCAUACAAGCUGCCAGUUCUAGAAGCAUGCCUGAAAACAGCAGAAAAAAAUCAGGAUGCAGUCAAAUUGGUCAGGGAAAAGAGGUAAGGGAGGGUGGAAGAAGGAUGCUGAUUUAAACUAGAAGAACGAGGUUUGGCUCAAUGGGUGAAGGUGGAAAUGAAUGCUGCUUGCUUUAGAAAAAGAAAGCAGGAGGAAGGAAGUUCAAUGGGUGGUUUUCUGAGGUCCUGGCAAACGUUUUAAGGCAAGAAUCAGAAAGAAAGCAACUGGAAGAGAAUAGGCUUGGGAGCAAGGAAAGGGGAAUCUGAGAUUUUUGGACAAAACAGCUGAGAAAGAAGAGGAAAGCACAAUGAUGGGAAGAGAGAGAAGGUCAUCCCAAGAAAGAGACGACUGAUUGGGCUUGAAAGCAGAAGAUAGGAGAAGUGGAGGGAGGGGUGGGAGGGAGGGAGAGUUUGACCAGCUGAUGGACUUUCCAGAGAGGAAGGGGCAGAGGGAGUUAGUGCCUGUCCUUAUUUUGAGGAGGGCAGCUCUUCAACAACAGAAAGUGACAGUGAAGGGAAGAUUGGGGCUCAUCCACACUUUUGCUUGACAUAUACUUUUUUUUUAAAUAUAUAAUUUUUAUUCUGAUCUUACCUGCUAAACUGAGGCUUCCUUAAGCAAAAAUCUCUGCUCAGAUUUUCCACACAUAUGAUAAGGUCCGAUUCAGUAUCUCAGAUUGGAUUUUUUCAAGGCACAGACAUGAAACAACAACAAAAGCUUUUGGACCCAGGGAAUUAAUUGGUACACUAUAUGAUCAAAUUAUGGGUCAAGCAAAAGUGUGGAUGAGCCGCGAGAAAACUGUGUGUGUGGGGGGGUCCAUAGAAGAAUUCUUGUGCAGAGGAAUGUGGCUUCUAGGGGAUCUGAAAGAUUCCUCGUUGCUAAGGUGAAAAGAAUCGCAAAAAAUCUCAAGUGGUGCUUAAAAAUUAAGUGGCAUUCCACUAAAUUUUAUUCAAAGUAGACCCAUUGAAAUUAAUGAGCAUGACUAAGUACGGUCCAUUCAUUUCACAAGAUCUGCUCUAAGGAAAAAAAAUUACUCAAAGGCCACCCGAAAGCUACAAAAACUGCCUUUCCUGGCUCUCAGGGUCCGGAAAGGUCUGAUAAUAAGAGGUGUGAAUCUGAUAAUAAACUGCCCUAAAAUACCCAGUGAUCAUGCCUCUUCCUCACGUACCCAGAAGUUAAAUAUAUAUAUAUAUAUAUUCGGCUGGAGCAAUGCUUCUGGAUAAAUUCCAGGUGGGAAACUUAAGGCCUGAUUUCUCAGCUUAGUAGGUUUUCCAGAGGGGCCCAGUACACCAGGAAUUAAGAGAGGCAGUGUGGUGCAGUGGUCUGAGUGUCCGACUAGGGCCCAGGAGAGACCAGAGUUCAAAUCCUCACUCUGCUAUGAAGCUGCCAAAUCUUCCUUUUUUGCCAAAGGCUCCCAUGCCUUUAAGAGCUGCACAAAAGGGAAAGAACCAACAGGUGCUUGCUCUAUAUUUGCAGCUCUGUGAGAUUAGAAAGCUGCAAUGCUUAAGAGCACCUCCCUCCAGAAAGAAGUUGGCAGCAGUGCCUGGAACGUAGUGGGUUUGGUUGUGGAACAUAUUCCUAAUGUCAUUGAGCCUUUUGACAGCUGUUUGGUAGCCUAAGAUUCAUUGAAUCCUAGUAGUAAUAGUAAUAAUUUAUUAUUACGGUCAGAAACCAGUUCAAGAAGCACAACUGAGACUGCUUUCACAAGAAUGAAAUAGACAUUUAAAACAGUAUACAAUAACAGCUUAUAGAUUAAAAUUAAAAUACAGUGGUACCUCAGAUUAAGAACUUAAUUCAUUCUGGAGGUCCGUUCUUAACCUGAAGCACCACUUUAGCUAAUGGGGUCUCCUGCUGCCACUGCGCCACCGGAGCACAAUUUCUGUUCUCAUCCUGAAGCAAAGUUCUUAACCCAAGGUACUAUUUCUGGGUUAGUGGAGUCUAUAACCUGAAGCGUCUGUAACCUGAAGCGUCUGUAACCCAAGGUACCACUGUAGCUGUAUGAACACAAAAGGACCUAAGGUUAAACUAACAUGCAAAUUGCCCCUGGGACGCCCAGGAGGCUGGCUACGGCAGUUUUCAUAGCCAUCUAUUUGUUCCAGGGGUUUUUCUACACCUACAAAUCAGCACGCAGAAUCUAGCGACCAUCCGGACCAUCUUGUGAUUUUUGCCUAAAAGGAGAAAAUUUAGUUUAGGCUUGUCUGGAAGGUCAGCAAGCCUCACCAGAUGGGGGUCAAUGGUAUCUCUACAUGCCUCAUCGUAAAAAGGACAUCUAAAAAACAAGUGUUCAGGGUUUCCUAUUUCCCCUAAUGGGUAGGCGCAAAGUCUCUGAGCGUACGGGACUUUUCCAAAAGAUCCUUCCAGAACCGGCGAGGGCAGAGCCGAACUUCUGGCAAGAGUAAAGGCCCUUCUUGCAUUUCUGGAUAUAAGGAAAUGGAGGUAUGCUGCUGGGACAGCAACAUAUCUCUUGUGUUCUGCAAUUAUUGAACCAUAGAAUAACUCACAGCAAAUUCAAGAGGGGCAUUUUAUCCCACUCAACACUGUAUCCCUAUGACUGGGAGAACCUCGAAUUUCUGCCUGUCAUGCACAGCAGUUCCUCUUGCCAAGGAUGUUUUGUGGGAUGCGCUGUUACCCUCAGGCUCUGUCUCUCUUCCCCUGACUGACAUCUCACCCUCCUUCCUAGGUGUGGCCGAACAAUUUGCCAUUGCCGAAGCCAAGCUGAGGGCCUGGUCUUCGGUGGAUGGCGAUGAUUCCAACGACGAGUCCUACGAUGAAGAUUUUGCCACUUCCACUGACACAACACAACCAGCUGGUGAGUGUGUGUGGGGGUGUCAUAGCCAGUUGCACCCAGCAGGGUGUGAAGUCCACAUGGCAGAGUCCCUUAUGGACACUCCAACCCCCCCCCCCCAUAUUUCAAGGUGGGGAGGGAGAAGCGUAUAUCACAUCCCCCUCAACUGUCCUGAUAAAACCGAGAUGUCCUGUUUCUUCGCGUGAGAGCAUGGCAGCCAUUUUGGGCACCGUGCUCUCAUAUGGCCUUGCACCAAAAAACCCCAUUUUUUUUCCAGAGACCCAAAAUGUUCAUUUUUAGGCGGUGGCCCCAGAAAAAAACACCUCUUUCGGGGCCAUGAUCUCAUGUGGGUUACACGACUCACCCCAGAAGAUAGCACCCCGAUUUUUCACCACAACAUGUCAGAGGGUAUGACAUCAGGGACAUGCAGCGUGAAACCUAUGGCCCUCUAGAUGCUGCUGGACUUCAGCUCCCAUCAUUCCUGACUGCUGGCCAUGCUGGCUGUGGCUGAUGGGAGUUGGAGUCCAACAACUUCUGGAUCCCAAUCCCUGGGGUGGUUGUUGCCCAUGGGAGCUGGUAGGACAGAAGGCAGGGAGCCCAACCAUUGGCGGAGCCCAAACCGAAGAUGGUGGAGCCAACCAUUUCUUCAUUCUCCUCCCCGCUGCUGAGUUGUACAAGGGCAACCCUGAGACUGAGGGGGAGGCAGGGCCGUCUUAAGCAUAUCCGGCACCGUGGUGCAAAGAUCCCUCCAGUUCCCCCUCCCUUUCCCAGAAUUUAGAACUCGGAGCCCAACUCGCGGACCACCUCGUAGCCCUGGGAGCCACCACCCACAGAAGACGCUGCCAAUGUGGUGGAUGCUGCGCGGCUGGCCAGACCGCCGGAACCCCACUCUCGCUUGCAAGGCCCCAGAGCGCUCCUCCUCCUCCGCUGCCUGACAAUGACAGCCCACUGCUGGCACUCUCGCUGCUGCCCAGCGGCCUGAGGGCCUGAGGAGCAGGAGGCGGUUGCCACGCUGUUGCCUGUGCCUCAGGGAGUGGGGGGACGGCGGGCAACAGUGACAUGGAGAAGGCACCUUGGGAGCCACUCCUGCCACUGCCGCUGCUUCCUCAGACGACAAUGACAGCGGCUCAGUGGGCAGUGGCUGAGGGGAUUCCCACGGUCGAGGGAGAGGAGGUGGUGGCAGACGAGGAGGAGGAGGCGGCAGAGUCAAGGAGCGGCUCCUCAUCCGAAGCAGCCCGUGCCUCUGCCGCUGAGUGCUUAUGAGAGCAGCACAAGCAGUGCCAAUGUGCCCGCCCGCAGAGGGGGGUGGGCCGAGGAGGGUAGGAAGGAAAGAUGGUUGGCAGGGCACAACUGGCAGCGUGCAGGGAAAGGGGAGGCUGCCGGCAAAGCUGCGCAGCUCCCCCACUCACUGGGGUGCCCCUGAGAGGCCGGUGCCCUGGCACAACGAGCCACUAAGCCGUAUGGGAAAGAUGGCUCUGGGAGGAGGGGGCAGGCAGGCUGGGACACCCUCUGGACUAGCUCUAAGUAAGAAGGCAGGAAGAUGGGGGAAUGGCUGAGGGCAGACGGAGAUUACUAGGGCAGCAUCCUAUUUGGCCUAAUGCACCAACUGCUGCCUGGUGUGCAUGUUGACAUGUGGUGCCACACCUUGAAUGCUGAGUCAGAUCUCCCAGGAAAGUCCCAAAUGGCGCAAGCAAAGUAGUUUCUGCCACAACUUGUCUCUCAGCUCUGGCACUAGGAAAUCAGAUGUGUUACUGAACAUACAAGCCCCACGGCCAGCAGUUGUGGCUGAUCCCCAUGGAAAAGCCUCUCCUGUGGUCUUGGAGCUGCAACCCUCUUCCUCCAGCCUCACCCCUUUAGUACUAUCACCUUCCACUUUGGUUAAAUCCCUCGUUGUAUCAAACAAAUAUGAUGUCUUCUUAUUUAAUCCAGGAGGAGGGUACCUCUGAGCAUUUAAGGAGUACCUUUCCUCUUGUCACAGAGCAAAUGCACUUAAAAUUAGGGAGCAGGCUUUCCAUUCAGUGACAGGAGUUGCAAAAAAUGAAGCAAAACCUCCCCACUAGUUAACAGCACUCUGAGGAAACAGCUCCCCAAUUAUUAUUUUUUACAAUUUCCCAUAGGCAUUCUGUACUCUGUACUGAUCUUCCCAACUUAUCCUCCAUGGAUCUACAUGCAUUGCAUUGCGUGUGGUGUGAUUUUGGGUGUUGGGGGGACAUUCCACCUCCUGGAAUUUGCAGAGCAGCUAGACUUUGCCCCAUGCAAUCCAGCACCUCUCCUAACUCUUAAAAUAAUCUCAUUCCAGUGUCAGGGCAGGUGGAGGGAUUGUGGCCAUUCGUUAGUGAACUGAAAAGUGAGAAAAGAUAGGUUGAACAAGAGGAUAAAAUUUAUUGUGCAUCACAGCUAAGGAGCAAAUUUAAUCAAAAGAUACAGGCUGUCACCAUGGACAAGAGAGACCCCAUUAACGUGGACCUCUGUUUAAGGACUUAGAGAAACCACAUGGGAAUAUGGGGUUAAAGAAAAAAAGUCUACUGCACCUCUUCAACAUCAGGAUAAAGGGAGGGAAGGAAGAAGAUGAAGGAAAGAGGGUGGUUUGGAAGUCACCAUCCAACAUUGGGUAAAAAAUAUAUUUCACUAUUGAAAGGACCCUGGAAAGGCUAACAAAGGAAGGCAAGUGUGAUCAGAUGCUCUCGGGAGAACUGGAAUCUUUUCUUUCCCUUCAUUUAUUUAGAAACACAACCUGAAUUCAAUGUAACUGAGAUGAAAACCUUCAACAUAAUAGCAGCCUAAAAGAAUCAAACUCCUUGUGAUCUUCCACAAAUCUGAGGUCAGGCAGCCUCUUCCAUUCUUCCAAGGAAGACAUGCACACCCACUCCCAUGUCAUCCAAAGCUAUGGUUCCCAAUUAGCUAAGUACUGCAGACACCUGGUUUUUCAAAAGCCAAGCCAUGGAACCCCUACUUUUGAACAUUUUGAUAACUCUAUGGUAGUUUUUGUUAUGUGAAUGGUGCCGUGGACCCCUUGGAGUCCCCACCAGUUGGGAACCACUGCAUUAAAGAAUGACUUUCAGAUGGCCCAACUGCGAUUCUGCAAUCAGUUCUUGAGCUAUUACAAUAGUAAGGAAAUGGGAUUUUCGGGUUUAGCAGGAUCACUUGGGUGCCACUUGAACUCAGCUGCAAGAUUGUGCCAAUAUUGGGGCACUAGAAGACCAAACUCAAGGUCUUGAAAAAUGGUGCUGGGAGAUGCUUCAUUUUGUUACAUCUUCUAGCAACAUUUUCUUCUGCCUUCAACCUGAUGCAGAAGCCUAGGCAGGAAAUCGACGUGCCCCAAAUGUUCCAUGUUUGGCCUUGCAAGUGGGUGAAUCAAAGUGGGCGUCUUCUGUCUCCAAGUGAGUGAGGCUCAUAUUAGGUGUAGCAGAUAGAAAUGGCAGCCUGUAACAGCUCCCUUCUUGCAAAAAUGGCAGCCCCAACAGAGAGGGGUCCGCAAACGUAGCAGGAUUACUAGAUGAUGCUUGUGCCUAAGGUACAGCUGGAGGAUGUUUUCAAAAGUAAUGACUUUUGGGUGUUUUUAACUGUUACGUUUGUUUUUAGAAUGUUGCUAUAGAAUUCAUUUUGCUUAAGUUGUGUGUCUGUUUGUCGCCCUGGGCUCCUUUGGGAAGAAAGACAGGAUAUACAGCAAAAGUAAAAUGUAAUAACAAAGAAGCAGCAGCCACUGAAUUGCUCAGAUAUAUGAACCUCCCAGCUGGCGUGCUCUGGGCUGUGCCAGCCUCAGCCACCGUGUUUCCAUUUGAACACUGGCUAAGAUUGAAAGACAAAAUUGCCUUUGCAGAAAGGGGGUAUAUGAGCAUCGCUCUCUGUCCCCAUAUAUUGUCUGUUUGGCUACUGGCCUUCCUCACCUGCUGUUUCCUGCUUACCCCUUGGCAUGGUGCCACAGGUCGCAGGGCCUUCUGCGCCCACGGAGAGCCCGCCAGCUGGCACCCGUGUGUUGGCAGAGUGUGUAAUCUGCGUCCUUCUUGCGCAGACAAAAGCUCCCUUUUUCCUACAAUUAACUGCCGACGAAUCGGGCGCUAUUUGCAUAUCAAAGAAAGUCAGUGGUAAUCUGCGGUGCGGCAUCUAAAGAAAGUUCUAAUUACUCCUCUGUAUAAUUAGAAUGAGUGGGCAAUGGAGAGGAGGAGGAGGAGGAGGCAUAGAUGGAAAAGUUACCUCUCUCCGGUUGCAGGAACGAACGUCACAGGGGUAGCCAAGGCAGAGAGCCAUCUGCUCUCCCACGAUGGGGAGGGCUACUGUAAGCCCUGCUAAAGUGUAUGUGUGUGUUUUUAAUGGCGCUGUGGGUUAAACCACAGAGCCUAGGACUUGCCAAUCAGAAGGUUGGCGGUUCGAAUCCCCGCGAUAGGGUGAGCUCCCGCUGCUCUGUCCCUGCUCCUGCCAACCUAGCAGUUCAAAAGCACGUGAAAGUGCAAGUAGAGAAAUAGGUCUGACGGGAAGGGAAACGGCAUUUCCAUGCACUGCUUUGGUUCGCCAUAAGCGGCUUAGUCAUGCUGGCCACAUCACCCGGAAGCUGUACGCCGGCUCCCUCGGCCAAUAAAGCGAGAUGAACGCCGCAACACCAGAAUCGGUCACGACUGGACCUAAUGGUGAGGGGUCCCUUUACCUUUAGCUAGCUUGCUGCAAAUUUUGGGAAACUGAACGGGCUCAAAAAGUUUUCAUGGUGAGCUGUCUCCCCCAAAUUCACAUUGAUGAUAUGGGGCAGAGCUGCACCCAUAGGCUAGUUUAGUUUAGCUUAGAUAGGCUAGUUUUAGCCUUUUAGUUUUAAUAAUCCAGGAUGCUUUAAGACAGACUGGAUUUUCCUGGUAUUUCCUCCUUUCCUCCCCCUCAAAACUAUAAUCACUCACAAGCAGCCUUGAAAAAGGUAACAAUAACAUUCACUCACCAGCAAAAGAGUAACAGACACAGCAGCUUCGUUCAGGCAAGCUGAAAAUAGUGAUUGAGUUACUAAGGCAAACUUAAAUCUAGCUUAAAAAUGGAGUCUGAGCUGGAGCUCAGACUUGCUGCAGACUUUCUCACAUUGUAGGCAUGUUGGAGUUGAGUUGGGAAGACAGUGCGUUCAGGCAGGGAAAAGCAUAAACAGCUACGCCUUCUUCCUGCCAGGGUACAAAGGGAAGUGUUCUCGCUAAGUUCUCUCUAGCAAUUUUACAGAAAAGGCCAGGCAUCUUUACUUGGCCUCAAGUGGCCGAUAACCAGGUGCAAAACGCGCCUGGCGCCUGGCUAAUUUCGAACACUGCUUUGGACCUCGGGCACCGUCCCCUGUGUCCCUUGAAUGCCGCGCUGCUCACGCCGUCCCAUUGCUGUGUUGCAGAUGCCGCGAGCCAGCUGCCCCCCAGCACGCUGCUGAAGGGUUUCCUGCACAGCCGCUUGUGCCAGCUGAAUGCCCGCCAAGGCUCCUGCGACCCAGAGAGCGACUCCUCCCAGACCACCAUCUCUCCGGAGACCUUGUGCUCCAGCCUCUGCAGCCUGGAGGACAGCCUCCUCCUCAAGGAGCUGGGCUCGCCCUCAGAACUGGCCGCCAAGCUGCUGGGCUCCAUGUCGGGCGAGGAGGAGCUCCUCCUCUCCAAGUUGCCCCCACAGACAGCCGGGGAAUGUGCCUUCCGGAGCCUAGCGCAGCUCGAGUGCCUGGACUCAAUGUACUCCAUGUCCUUCACUGAGUCCUGCCUCUCGCCCACCGAAGACGAGGGCAUCCCCUGCAAGGACUACAAGGGUCACGAGGACAGCUGCCAGGUCCGGAGGAAAGUGUCCGAUGUGGCCUCUUCAGGCGUGGUCUCCCUGGACGACAACGAAGAGGAGGAGGAGGAGGAAGAGCAAGAGGAAGACACCGGCGAGCAGUGA